GAAAGAAUGACGACCAUGGAGCAUUAUGAACAGGCAUUGAAGUUUCAUCCUUCAUGCAUGUAUCAUAUUACUUCAAAUUUUUUUCACGUUCCGAUCAGCCUUUACUUUCUGCGAGUUGACAUUCCAUGGUGAAGGUCGAUUGACACGUCACGUGUCAGACUCACCAGCCCGCAGAGGCAAACUCGAAAAUCCACAUUGAACGAACGUGGGGCGCGGCGUUCUCGCACUCUCAACAACACCACAACAAAAUGCGUCCAAUUUUGAUGGCGGGCCAUACACGGGCCUUGACACAAGUAAAGUUUUCACCAGAUGGCGACUUGAUUUUCAGUACAGCAAAGGAUCAGGUGAUAUGUGCUUGGUAUAGUGCAAAUGGAGAGCGACUCGGGACGUAUAAUGGCCACGUCGGUGCUGUUUGGACCGUGGACGUGGACCCAGAGUGCAAGAUUCUUGCUUCCGGUGCAGCAGAUAAUACCAUGCGGCUUUGGAACGUCAGAACUGGAGAGCUCUUGAAGACAUGGGAGUUUGGCUCAGCUAUCAAGAGAGUGGAAUUCUCGCCAGACGGCAAACAGCUACUGGGCGUCAUGGAGAAAAGAGCGGGUCACCUGUCAACAAUAUUCGUCUACGAUAUCAACACCGAGGACCCAGCUAGCUCCUCGAACGAAUAUGCGCUCAGAAUCAUUGUCGACGAUGCGAAGGCUACCGUCGCCGGCUUCUCAUAUCAGUCACGCUAUAUAAUCUCAGGCCACGAGGACGGCACUGUCUGUCAAUGGGAUGCCAAGAACGGAGACCUUCUCGACUCGACCCAGGCGCACGAGCCUGACAUGCAAAUUACGGACCUUCAGUGGGCGCCAGAUCGAUCAUACUUCAUUACUGCAUCGAAAGACAAGACCGCCAAACUCCUGAGCACAAACGACCUUAGCGUCAUGAAGAACUACGUCGCAGAUACCCCACUGAACAGUGCUGCUAUCACCCCAGUCAAGGAUUUCAUCAUCGUGGGUGGUGGCCAAGCGGCCAUGGACGUUACAACCACGUCAGCACGACAGGGAAAAUUUGAGGCGAGGUUCUAUCACAAGAUUUUCGAGGAGGAAAUUGGUAGAGUGAGAGGACACUUUGGUCCUCUUAACUACGUCGCGGUGAGUCCGACAGGUACUGCAUAUGCUUCUGGAGGUGAAGAUGGUUAUGUGCGCCUUCAUCACUUCGACCCGAGCUACUUUGACUUCUAUUAUGAGGUAGAGAGGGAAGCGCAGCAACAAUCCAAUGGUCAAACAGUUGGACUUCUAGGCGUGUCAGCUUGAGGAAAGUAUUGAUGAUUGCAUGGCGGAUAUCAAAUGGCGCAUAAAAAUAUAGGGCUGGGUCCUACCGUGUUCCAUAUAUAUUGUGAAGGUUUCGCGCAGUAAGAUAGCAUAAACUUGUUAAGUAUUUUAGCUCUCCGACACAUCUGGAUUUCUGGGCCCAUGUAUCGAGGCAGUGUCUUUACUCUGAGCUGCUUAGCAGGUCUAUGAUUACUAUAAGGGGAUGAAGUAAGCGUGAUACUAUCAUGGGGUUUCCCUAUAAUACUGUUAUAAUCUGUUAGGAAUACUUUCCCGAUACCGACUAGCUUCACUAAUAUGAGCCACUUCGGAAGGGAUUAGCUUCCUAGAGCAAAGGAAUAAAAUAUUGUCAUGGGGUCACCCCUAUGACACGUGAUUGGCACCAUCCUGUUGCCUAUCUGAUUAAAGCAGUAUUGAUAUUAGCUAAUAUAACCUAAUAUAACCUAAUAUUAUCUAAUAUUAGCUAACUGGACUCCUAAACUAAACUGAC